UGGCCUCUUAAUUUCAUCAUACCCAUCACCGCCAUUCCUAUUUUCUCACCUCACCUUCAUUUCCUUCUCUAAGGCCUUUUUUUAAUUUUUCAUAUUUUUAUCACAUUUCAUUGUCUUUUGUGUUUUUUGAUCUUCAAUGUUAAUAAUGGCCGUGGAUGGUGGUAAUAUUAGGAAAUGGUUGGUGGUGUGUGUGGUGGUGGUGUUAGUUUUGAGUUUGAGGUAUGAGGCUGAAGCUCAACAACAGCAAGCUCAGGUGCCAUGUUACUUCAUAUUUGGAGAUUCGUUGGUGGAUAAUGGGAAUAACAACAAUAUUGCAUCUUUGGCUAAAGCCAAUUAUUUGCCCUACGGCAUCGACUUCCCCUCUGGUCCUACUGGAAGGUUUUCCAAUGGCAAAACUACUGUUGAUGUCAUCGCUCAGCAACUGGGGUUCAAUGGGAAUAUACCUCCAUAUGUAACUGCAAGAGGUCAAGACAUACUUAGAGGUGUCAAUUAUGCAUCCGCAGCUGCUGGUAUUAGAGACGAAACUGGCCAACAGUUGGGCGGUCGAACUAGCAUGAGUGGGCAAGUGAAUAACUACAGAAACACAGUAUCACAAAUAGUGAACAUACUUGGAGAUCAAGCAACAGCUGCAAAUUAUCUAAGCAAGUGCAUAUACUCAGUGGGAUUGGGAAGCAAUGAUUAUCUCAACAACUAUUUCAUGCCCACUUACUAUUCCACUAGUCGCCAAUAUACUCCUCAACAGUAUGCUGAUGUUCUUAUUCAACAAUAUUCUCAGCAAAUCAGGACUUUGUAUAACUAUGGAGCAAGAAAACUCGUCUUGAUCGGUGUGGGGCAGAUAGGCUGCAGCCCAAACGCAUUGGCCCAAAAUAGCCCUGAUGGCAAAACAUGUGUGCAAAGAAUCAACUCUGCAAAUCAACUCUUCAAUGACAGGCUUAAAUCUCUUGUUGAUACCUUAAACAACAAUUUCGCUGAUGCUAAAUUUAUCUACAUCAAUGCUUAUGGGAUUUUCCAAGACUUGAUUAGCAACCCCUCAUCUUUUGGAUUUACAGCUACGAAUGUUGGUUGUUGCGGUGUGGGGAGGAACAAUGGUCAAAUUACAUGUCUCCCUCUGCAAACUCCAUGCCAAAACAGGAAUCAAUAUCUAUUUUGGGAUGCAUUUCAUCCAACUGAAGCUGCGAAUAUCAUCGUUGGGAGGAGAUCAUACAAUGCUCAAUCUCCUUCAGAUGCGUAUCCAAUUGAUAUUCGUCGCUUAGCUCAGCUCUGAAGAUAAAGAGAUGGCAUAUGUGGCAUAUGAAAGCUUCAUACCAUUUUUGUGUACUUGGAUGAUAGUUUCAUUUUACGUCUCUGUACCACUAUUUUAGUUGUUAGUGUUAUCAUUAAGUGUUGUGUUAAAAAUUCAAUGUAAGAGCCUCUUUCCUACUUUUUGUAAAAGUUUGAAGAGAAUAAAUUAUGAAAUGAAUUACUUUCUUUUGCUAUGGCUAAA